AUGGUAAAAACUUCUCUGUAUAAGAAACAAAAACUAUCCUCAAGGAGUCGUAAUAUAAACCAAGAAGAACCUUUAUUUCCUCCCACCAAAUAUGAAAAAUCCAAGGCAACUUUGAAACAUUUCCCAUCAUCAAUCGUCAAUGGGAUCACUGCAGAAGGAGGGUUAUAUUCAUUAACAUUUAAGUCAAUAAACUGCGCUUCAUUUGUUGAAAAUAAUGAAUUAAUGAAAAGUGUGUUUAAAGUACCAAAGUUGGAAUUAUCAAAAUUAACUGACAAUGAUGAUGUCGCUAAGUUGAAAAAUUGGAAACAAACUUUAGAAAACGAUAUUAAUGAAUUAAAAAAAUCCAAUUCAACCGUUGCUUAUAAGGAUAUUGUUAGUGAUUUACAAAAUGAAUUACAAAUUGAUUUAGAAAAUAAUGGAAACGGCUUAACCCAAUUUGGUGAAAAACUCAUUGAUCGUUUUGCAGUGAAUCUAAUUACUAAUAAUGGUAGUUACAAAAUUGUUCCAGAUGUGAUAUUACCAGGUCUACAGGUUGACAAGUUUGAAGAUGUGACUAACCCGGACUUAUCAAUGUAUGAAAAGAAAACAGUGCCAGACACUCCAAACGAAGAAAAGGAAGAAACAGGAAAUAAACAAGACACAGAAGUCAAAAAAGAUGCAGAAACUGAACAAAAAGAUUAG